CCGUUCUUUCUUGCGGUGUUUGAAAGAAUUCAUCUCGCCCAUCACUGCGAACUUGCUGAGCGAGCCGCGCGGCAAAGCGAGCUAGUGCUUGAUGCUGAGAGCUGUCCUGCCCUUACUAUGCUUGCACCUGGUAGGUGCACGUUUGAUGAAGGCCAUCAGCUAUGGCCCAGUUCCGCUGAAGGCGGCUGGCCGUAUCCCACAAGAUGACUGGAUGGUGGAAGCGGCCAAGCCCAUGUGGGGCCCCAGAGGCCGCGAUGAUUUGCAUGUGAUGAAACAGCUGGGUGCCAACACAGUGCGCCUCUACGGGAACAACCCCAACCAGAGCCAUGAAGGCUUUUUGGACGAGGCUCAUCGGCAAGAACUCAAGGUGGUGGCUGGCAUGAGUGAUUUUCGAUAUAUUCAGAUGGAUCCAGGCAGGUGCAUUGAAACAGACUAUGACUGCUUCAAUCAGAGCCGAGAUUCUUAUGCCCUGAACCUGAAGACAGGAUUUCUGACAGAGUAUCAGGAGUAUCAUCCAGCGCUCGCCUACUUCAUCCUCAUCAACGAGCCAGAUCUGAAGAUGCCCUCAACUUCCACCACUGUGGCAGGUGGGCCGGAGCAGAUGGCUCGGGCAGUGGUGAGCGCCUUCGAUGGCCUGUUGGAGGCCGAGAAGAUGGCCAACAUCACAGGAGACUUGAUCAAUAUUACAGCGACAUUCUCCUAUGCGGUCUGCAUUGUGUGUGAAGAGCUGAGCUACCUCCCCGCACUGGGGCAGAUGGCCACCUUGGUCGAUGCCAUGAUGAAUCCGGAGUCCUAUGGCUACGAGCCACGGAACAAUGUCACGGAGGCGUUUUGGAGCCGAUGGACCCACAGUUUCAAUACCAACAACCCCGCGCGGGACCUCAAGGCUCAAUUCUUCGACCGAUACCCCGAGCACUUUCCCAGCACGCCGGUCUUCGUGGCGGAGUAUCACAGUGUGAUCUUGCAGUAUUUGACUCCUGUGGUGACACUCCAAGAGGAUCUAGCUGAAGUCAUUGACAUGGCCAAUACUUCAGAUCUUUUCCUGGGCAUCUCCUUCUUCCAAUACCAGGUCGCCUACUGGAAGGGCGGCACCGAGAUGGACUUUGGCAUCUUUGGCCUGGGGAAUUUCCUCAUUGCGGAGAUGCCCUACUAUGGCCACACCUAUGACAUCUGGUGCUUGGAGCCACAAGUGUCGCACAAUACCCCCGGAUCCACUAUGCCACAGGUGCUCACCGAAGCCUAUGACGGACCCGGCUUGGAGUACGAGUACUUGUGUCAGCCCAGUCCCAACGUGGUGCCCCUCUCGCAGGACGGCUUUGCGGCGAUCGCCGCGCAGGGCGCCGGGCGCCUGGGCGUCUUCGCGCGGCGCGUUGUGGAGCACCUGGGUGGCAUGGUGGUGAGCACCACGGAGCUGGAGGCCUUUGCGGCCCAGUACGUGACUGAUUCAGGGAGAACUUUCGCAGAGAUGGUCUCGGCCAUUGCUCAGAAGCCCCCCUGGACCAGCUUCAGUGCCCAGGCGGCGUGCGUGAGCGACCGCGCCGCUGAUGCGGGGCAGGUGGGCGCGGCCAUCGCGUGGCUCUGUGGCCACACGCCUGGCUUUUCUUGUGACGUGCCGGACGAUUGCAGCCAGGAUGCCUUCAGCACCGGGGAUUGGCUCUUCAGCCGUUGGUACCUACGGAACGGCCACGAUCCUUUGCAAGACUGCAGCUUCGGAGGUGCGGCCAUUUUUGCCAGCCCCGACACCCCUGCGGGGCGCGCAGCGGCAGCUUGCGCCGUGGUCGUUCCACGGCGGUUGGAGGUGAUGGUUUGAUGCUUCUGACCUCAAUGGCAAUUUUUUGGAUUCGCGUGCAUGCCAUGUAAAGAUUUCCAGUACAGGACCCAGGGCAACCUGCCUUGGCAACCUUGCACAGCUCAGUCAAGUAAUAUCUUGACUCUUGACUUUAGGUCUGGGAGCUACUACUUGGGCAUCCCCCAAAAGGGGGGAGGUACAAUGCUAGCUGCUGGAAGAGCAUAAUUCGGAUUUCUUUUGCCGGUCACUCAGUUGUCUCCUUCAGGGGAGAGUGUUUUUGCGCUGAGCGGACGGGAGGGGAUACAAAA